UAGACGGCGACUCAAAAUCUGAUGACCCAUGUCAUCCAAUCCAAUCUUGAGAAGCCUAUUUGUGAAUUCACUGACGAACUCUCAGAAAUGAGUUUUCUUGCAGGAGGAAGAUUAGCGGGAAAAGAGGGGGCAUAUUUUUUCCAGGAAUCCAAGCAGGCCAUCAACAGAAUUGUGGAGAAAACCGCCACAAACACCAAGAAUGUGACUUCACCAGCUUCAUUGGGUGACCAGGAACACAAAGCGGACGUGCUUCCCGAGGUUUUAAGACACUCUCUGCCAUCCAAGAUUUUUGGUCGACCGUCUGAUCCAUCUUCUCUCUCCACAGGUUCCAAGUGGUUUCUACCCAUUGACCCAAAUGCCUCCUCUGUUUCACCUGAUGCUUUGAAUCCUCUCAGGGCUUACGUUUCUUUGCCCCAGGUCACCUUUGGGCCCAAAAGGUGGCAAUUGCCUAGUCAAGAGCACUCAUUUUCGGCUUCAACAGCUAACGAAUUAAGGCGGGACAAACAUACACCUCAUAUAAACCCUGAGAAGUUAAAGGCCGCGGCUGAAGGUCUUCAACAAAUUGGGAAGGCGUUUGCAGUUGCAACUGUGAUUCUAUUUGGAGGGGCUACUGCUAUCUUUGGGAUGACAGCAUCCAAGCUUGAUGUACACAAUACUGAUGAACUCCGAACCAAAGGAAGAGACUUGGUUCAGCCAAAAUUUGAUAUAAUAAGGGAGCAACUGACUCCUAUGAGAACUUGGGCAGAAAACACACAAAAGAAAUGGCAUUUGGAAAACCAGGAAGAUAUUAAGGAGAAACCUAUCAUAAAGGAGCUUUCCAGAAUUUUGGGUGCUAAAAACAGUUAGUUGAUUUUCAUGUAAUUAUUCUGUUUUCUUCAGAUUUAAUAAGGUUAGGCAAAUAAGCAAUUGUUCAUUGUGUUGUAUAUAUUUAGCAAACAAAUGUUGUGUGAGUAGCUUAUUUGUUUUCACUUUUGGACGCUAGUCUACAUUAUGUAUGUUAUAAUAUGAAACCGUUGGGUUUUUCACUUUAAAAUUAAUGGAGUUAAGCUUUGAAUAA